GGCCGGGCCCGGUGGGCCCGAUGGGGCGGCGGCGGUCGUCGGUCCGUGAUGGCGCCUCGGCGCUCCCCGGGCAGCAGCGGGCCCGAAAUGGCGGGCGGGGGGCGGGCGGCGGGGGGCGUCCCGGCGCAGAGCGUGUGCAUGGUGUCUGACUUCUUCUACCCCAACAUGGGGGGCGUGGAGAGCCACAUCUACCAGCUGUCGCAGUGCCUGAUCGAGCGGGGCCACAAGGUGCUGGUGGUCACCCACGCGUACGGCGGCCGGCGGGGCGUGCGGUACCUGACCAACGGGCUGAAGGUGUACUACCUGCCGCUCCGGGUGAUGUACAACCAGUCGACGGCGACCACCCUCUUCCACAGCCUGCCCCUGCUCCGGUGCAUCUUCGUGCGGGAGAGGGUGACCGUCGUCCACGCGCACAGCUCCUUCUCGGCCAUGGCGCACGACGCGCUCUUCCACGCCAAGACCAUGGGGCUGCGGACGGUGUUCACCGACCACUCGCUCUUCGGCUUCGCCGACGUCAGCUCGGUGCUCACCAACAAGCUGCUGACCGUGUCCCUCUGCGAUACCAACCACAUCAUCUGCGUCUCCUACACCAGCAAGGAGAACACGGUGCUGCGAGCGGCCCUGGACCCGCGGAUCGUCUCCGUCAUCCCCAACGCCGUGGAUCCCACAGACUUCACCCCAGACCCCUCCAGAAGGGAUGACAGGACCAUAACGAUCGUCGUGGUCAGCAGGCUUGUUUACAGAAAAGGUAUAGAUUUGCUUAGUGGUAUAAUUCCUGAGCUCUGUCAGAAGUAUCCAGAGUUACAUUUCUUAGUUGGAGGAGAAGGACCAAAACGAAUUGUAUUGGAAGAAGUCCGGGAAAGAUACCAGCUACAUGACAGGGUGCGUCUCCUAGGAGCCUUGGAACACCAGGAUGUAAGAAAUGUUCUAGUCCAGGGGCACAUUUUCCUCAACACUUCCCUCACUGAAGCCUUUUGUAUGGCAAUCGUGGAAGCAGCAAGCUGUGGCUUACAGGUUGUGAGUACAAAGGUUGGCGGGAUUCCUGAGGUGCUUCCAGAGAAUCUCAUUAUUUUAUGUGAACCUUCUGUGAAAUCAUUGUGUGAUGGUCUAGAAAAGGCUAUUGCCCAGCUCAGAUCGGGAACGCUACCAUCUCCAGAGGCUGUUCAUAAUAAAGUAAAGACGUUUUAUACAUGGAGGGAUGUAGCCGAGAGAACUGAAAAAGUAUAUGAGAGGGUUGCAGGUGAAAAGGUUUUACCAAUGAAUGAGCGACUUGACAGACUAAUGUCUCACUGUGGCCCAGUGACUGGGUAUAUUUUUGCUCUUUUUGCUGUUCUGAACUUCCUCUUCUUGGUGUUUCUGAGGUGGAUGAUUCCAGAUUCCAUUAUUGAUGUUGCAAUAGAUGCCACAGGUCCUAAAGGUGCAUGGACUAAACAGUAUUUUUCUGGGAAGAAAAGAAGAGUUAAAGAAGAACCUCCAAUCUCCUAAAAUGCUCCAAUGGAGAGAAAAAAUGCAUCGGUUCCUAAAGGUUUUAAAGCUUGCUGUUAGAGACAGUACUUUUCAAAUUCUACGGUUUCUUUCUGAAGUUCUUUGAAAGAAACUUGGUUAAAUGUGCUACCUCAAUUUAGGAUUAUGUUUUAAUUUAGUUUUGGAUUCUUACAAGUAUAUGGACAUCUCUUUUGCACUUAAAGCUGGGGGGAGAACGUGGAUUUUUACAUGUGUCAAGAGCCUUUGAGACAAAAAUAUUAAAUUUUUCUCUAUAACUUGAAUAGUACGGACAGUGAGUGUAAACUUUUGUGAUAUUUGGAAAAGCAAAACACAAAAAUUACAUCAGUUUACAGUAGUCCCUGUCAAUUCCUGAUAUUUACUGUGAUUUUUGAGACCUAUUUAAAAAAAUUAAAUACUGAACAAAACAUACCUUUUCUUUCCUAAGAUGAAAAUGACACUUGAAGGUAGUCAUACUAAGAAAUUUCACAGUAAAAAUUAAUUUACUGUAAAUUCAUUAUUACCAUGGAAAUUUCAGAGACUUAGUUCCAGCAGUUGUGUCCCAGUGACAAUGUUUUACGUGCACAGCAAUAUUAUUUUGAAGUUUGUCCCUAAUGAAAAUUAGAUCAUUCUGUUGCCAAAUCAAAACUCCAUAAAGAACUUCUGAUAUUCUCAUCACAAGUAUCCUGUUAACUAACACAUAUGAAAGUGAGGUGAAGCUUAUGUCUUUUUUUUUAAAGCGCAUAGGUGGCUUUUGUAAAAAUACAUAGGUGAAGGAAUGAUGUUACUUAGAUUAAGAUGAUAAUAAUUAGCCUUCAGAAUCAGCUCAGGCCUGAAAACACCUCCAGCAGACUAUGCCAAAGUAUGAAGUAACGUGUGUUUGUGUGUGUGUGUGUGUGUGUCUGAAUGAGAGAGAGAAAAAAAUUUGUGAAGGGCUUAACAAGCCUCAACAAGCACCAUCAUAUUUUCUCUCGUGUUUUUUUUUUUUUUUUUUUUUUUUUUCUCCCUCCUCCCUUCUCCUUUUGUUCUCCUGCUUUUGACGUAAAUGGCAUUUCAGUCUGUCUCUGGGAGGGACAGUGUUUAGUGUGCAUGAUUUCACCUAGACCACACCAGAGACACUGUCAGACAGGUCCUGCAAGUUAAAUCUGGGGAAGGCAUCCCUUAAAUGGAAGUAACCAACAGAUAGGCUUUUCUUGAGGGGAAAAAAAAAAGUUCCUUGCGUCUGGUAAGUAUAUCAGUAAGUAAUUUAUAGUUGGAACAACAGGCAGCAGAAUGUACAAAUGUGAGAGGAGGCAAAUUUCUCUUGUUUACAUCAGACAACCCUCAAACUACCCCCUGCCUAAUGCCCUGGGUUAAUUUCCCUUUCAAGCAUCACUGAAGACUGAAAGUCUUAUGAUUCUAUGACCCUGAGUAUUACGUAUCGUUGGCCAAUGUAUUAAUAUUUAAUCUGUGCAAUAUGAAAAUACUGUUUUCAAACCCUUGAAGGGUAGUAUUUGAAUCACAGCUUCUGUCAAUAUCAUCUUGUUUCUGUAGAGAUAUAUUUAAUUUAUGACAUUUGAUAAUUUCAUUGAACAUAUUUUCAUGAAACUUGGAAAGGUAAUGCGAAAUACAUGCCAUAUACAAAGUAUUUUCUUUUGACAGAAUUUUUAGCCUUUGUUACGUGAAGUACAAUAUGCAUUGUCUUACAACUUGAAUCAUUCAAACUACAUUAAAGAUUGAGGUUAGCUAAAAUGGUGCCCCACAUUAUUGAUAAAUGGGUGGAAUAAAGGUAAUAUUUUACUUUUUUAAAAGUUACAUUUUUAUAACAACAUUCUAGUUUAUAACAAAUUUUUAAAAAUGCUAUUACCAUUCCAGGAAAUGAUGUAUUAUUUUUUUAAUCAUAUUUUGUUGUUUCUGGUUUAUUUCUUCUUUUUUUUUUUCCCACAUCUACAAACACAGAUUUAACCAUGACAAUCUAUUCAAAAUGCUUCUGUUUUUUUUUUCUUUUGUGGAAUAUUGUGUACUUAUGAAUAACGUAGACAAACCUUGUUUUAGUCUUGUAUAAUUUAUAGUUCAUUGAAAUGUUGAUUUCCUUUUCAAUAUAAAAUGGGUAUUUUUCAUUAAUAUGUGGGAACAUACAAUUAAAAAGUACAGAAGUAUACUCCAUACUGCUGCUUUCCAUCACUGGUGGUUGGACUUAUUCUGAUAAAGGUGAUGAUUAAAAAAAUGUUUUACACAAAGAGAAAAACUUAACCCCUAACUGGUUUAACUAUGAAUAUACUGUUUCUCAAGUAAUACAACUUACAUUGUGCUUAACUCUUGCAGGACUGAUUCACUUGCGUACUUCAUGCAGUAGAGUAAGGGAUGAUGUCACUGUCACUCAGUCAUUUACAGCUUUAAAAAGCAGCAGUGGGGAAAAUGGAAAAGUUUUUAAAAAAUAAAGUAAUCACAAUAAUAAGAAACUGAGCAGAGAUGAUGCAUCUAUUUUAGGAAUACAUGUUGAGAAGUGAAUAAAAAUUUAAUAAAUCUAAAAUGUUUUGGUUGUGCUUGUAGGAAUGUUUGAUGAUUGGGAAAUACUAAGGAAGUGUUACCAAAUAGAUGAUGAUACUGAGUAACAUCUUGCAUAGAGCAAAGCCUCCUGUGUGGAGGAGGAGGGAACACCCAAAUCCUGUCUAUACAGAAGCUUCAUUGCUGCUCUUCAUAGAAGGGACCGGGUAGUGCACUCAGAAGUGUUUUAAACUGCUUUAUUUUAGUGAUGAAAAUCUUGCAUUGGUUGGUAAUGAAAUUGUAUCCCACAAGUACAAGGAGAAAUUGUGUUUCCAAUGCGUUAUACACAGACACUGUGAAUUAAGGUAUAGACAGCAUGUUGAUAAUGGAAAAUUGUAUGUAAAAUCAGAACAAGUACCCAAUGAACUAUGAAUGUAAGACUCACUUUAUAAACUGUGUUUUAGAUGAUCUGGAUAGAUCUGUAAGAAGAUAACUGCACUGUAAUGAACAUAUCUUUUGUGAUCAACAUUUUAUGCAUCUUUAAAAAACAAACAAAAACCCCACAACUUAUUUUUCCCCUUUUGAUAUUUACUUUGCUUUGCUAGUCCUUUUAUUCAUAUCUACUUCAGCUUAUAAAAAAUAAGUGUAAAAUUGCAUCUUUUUGAUGCUCCAGCUAAAUACAGACUUACUUUAUUACUUACUGUAAACAGAUAUAAGAACAAUUGAUCUCAAAAGAAAAUGGUUUUACAAACAUUUUUAAAAAUAAAAUACUUCUUUUAAAUAUUUUU